AUGGCCAAACUUCGUGCCCAGCAGAAAGCCUCUACGGAGACGACCGGGGCAUGCUUUCGCUUGAGUACGUCCGGAUGGAAGCCGCGUGAAAUGGCAUCCCUGUUGUGGUGUUUCGCGACGCCAGCAACGAGGAGGAGACUUGCCUCGGAUGUCACCGGUGGCUAUGCCUCGAAAAGAAGCAUGGAAUUUGAGGCGCAAAGCAUUGCGAACCUGGUCUGGUAUUGUGGGGUGCUCCAUUUGCAGGGUGCAGAAGCAUCUGGUGCUCUAGCUUCUGGAGGCAGGCGGCAUGCUGAGCAGUUCUAG